GUUCUAAUCGAGGUUUUGGACGUGGAGGACGCGGUGGGGGUAAAGGUGGCGGAGAUCGUGGAGGGCGUGGUGGACGCGGGGGGUUUCCAUGUAUGGAGCGACUCGCGGUGGCGGUAAGAAUAUUCAAUAAUCACAAUGCCAAAUCGCCAAUGAAACUUCAAUUAUAUCUUUCGUUAGGUAUCCAAAAACGCGGUUUUGCUGCUGGCGGAGGAUCUAAAGUUAUAAUUGAACCACACAGGCAUCCUGGCGUUUUUGUUGCUCGUGGUAAAGAAGAUCUUCUUGUUACCAAAAAUCUUGUAAGUGGUGAAUCCGUAUAUGGCGAAAAAAGAAUUUCCGUUGAAGGACCAGAUGGUAAUAAAACCGAAUAUCGUGUUUGGAACCCAUUUCGAUCUAAAUUGGCAGCUGGAAUUCUUGGGGGUGUUGAUGAUAUAUAUAUUGCACCUGGGAAAAAGGUAUUGUAUCUUGGGGCUGCUUCAGGAACUACGGUAUCACACGUUGCAGAUAUAGUUGGUCCAGAGGGAAUAGUCUAUGCCGUUGAAUUUUCUCAUCGAUCUGGACGUGACCUUAUUAAUGUCGCCAAGAAACGUACUAACGUAAUUCCAAUUAUUGAAGAUGCACGUCAUCCACAAAAGUACCGUAUGUUGAUGAACAUGGUUGACGUUAUCUUUGCGGAUGUGGCACAACCAGAUCAAGCGCGCAUUAUCGCUCUGAACGCACAUCAUUUCCUUAAAAAUAACGGAAAUAUUGUUAUAUCAAUCAAGGCAAAUUGUAUCGAUUCAACUGUUGAAGCAUCCACAGUAUUUGCCAGGGAAGUAAAAAAACUACAGGAAGAGCGUAUAAAACCUCUAGAACAACUUACUUUAGAACCGUAUGAAAGAGAUCAUGCUCUAGUAAUAGGAAGAUAUAUAAGGGCACAAUAA